CAAGAGUUGGGUGAUAAUUCAACAGUUAUGUUCACUGCUGCAGACUCCUCUGCAUCUCCCACAAUAUUUCCCCUUUAGACGCUGCCAGUUUGCUUUUCUGCUGCCAGACAAGUAGUUCCACGUGCAUCUUCUUAGUUUAUCAAUUUUAAUAGUUCAUGAGACAUCUGUCACUUUGCCUGCAUACGUUAUCUGCGUAGGCCGAAAAAACAAGAUCAGCUUCAGAAUGCACCUGUAUAGGUGAGACACAAGUACUGGGAGGAAUCACUUUCUUUUUCACAAAAGCCCACUCCUGUCUGGCAGGUCACCCUCCGAUGCAAUUAACCCAGGAAGACGACUUCGUAAAGGGGGACUCAACGCCGACCACCGCAGCUCUCCGGUCCGACGGAAGCGCCGGAUCUCCGGCCAAAAUGUGCAGUGAAUGCUACGUGAAUCAAUCAUUUGUGAACGACGAUGGAACCGUGAACAAUCAAAAGCCACGCUCUUCCUCAGCACCACUACAGACCAAAAGCAGCAGCAGCAGCAACAGUGGAGUCAUCUUGGACAUCUCAUCUCUAAAGAUGGAGCAGCUGGAGAGUGAGGUGCCUCCACUGCCGCCCCGCUUCCGCUUCAGAGACUUGCUACUUGGUGACCAAAAUUUUCAGAAUGAUGACAGGGUGCAGGUAGAGUUUUAUGUGAAUGAGAACACCUUCAAGGAGCGUCUAAAGCUUUUCUUCAUCAAAAACCAAAGAUCAAGCCUCAGGAUUCGUGUGUUCAACUUCUGCCUGAAGUUGCUCACGUGUCUGCUGUACAUCAUCAGAGUAAUGACAGAUAAUCCCGGUCAGGGCACCGGCAACAGCCACAGCGCUGCACAACAAAACACUCAAAACAACAAAUGUGUCGACUGCCAGUGGAACGGAUCAGUGCAGGACAGAGAAAUUAACUGGGAGUUGAUCUUCUGGGUGGAUAGGAAGGUUCCAGUCUGGGCCAUUCAAGUGAUUGUGGCCAUCAUCAGCUUCUUGGAGACUAUGCUACUAAUGUAUCUGAGUUAUAAGGGGAACAUUUGGGAGCAGAUAUUUCAGGUGUCUUUUCUUCUAGAAAUGAUCAACACAGUUCCCUUCAUUAUUACGAUCUUCUGGCCUUCAAUAAGAAACAUCUUCAUCCCUGUGUUUCUCAACUGCUGGCUGGCUAAAUGUGCUUUGGAGAACAUGAUUAAUGAUGUCCACAGAGCAAUCCAGAGGACCAACUCAGCCAUGUUCAACCAGGUCCUCGUUCUCAUCUGCACUCUGCUCUGCCUCGUUUUCACCGGAACAUGUGGGAUUCAGCACUUAGAGCGAGCAGGCAAAAACCUCUCCCUCUUCAAGUCCUUCUACUUCUGCAUUGUCACCUUCUCCACUGUGGGCUUUGGAGAUGUGACUCCUCGCAUAUGGCCCUCUCAGCUGCUAGUUGUCAUCAUGAUCUGUGUGGCUCUGGUGGUGCUGCCUUUGCAGUUUGAGGAGCUGAUCUACUUGUGGAUGGAAAGACAGAAGUCUGGAGGGAACUACAGCCGCCACAGAGCUCAGACAGAGAAACAUGUGGUGCUGUGUGUCAGCUCCCUCAAAAUCGACCUACUCAUGGAUUUUCUCAAUGAAUUCUAUGCACAUCCCAGGCUGCAGGAUUACUAUGUGGUGAUCUUGUGCCCGAGUGAAAUGGACCUUCAGGUGCGGAGGGUCCUGCAGAUUCCUCUGUGGUCUCAAAGAGUCAUCUAUCUGCAAGGGUCUGUCCUCAAAGACCAGGAUCUGCUGAGAGCCAAGAUGGAUGAUGCAGAGGCUUGUUUCAUUCUGAGCAGCCGUAAUGAGGUGGAUCGCAUGGCAGCAGACCAUCAGACCAUCUUGAGAGCUUGGGCAGUAAAGGACUUUGCUCCAAACUGUCCUCUUUAUGUCCAGAUACUGAAGCCUGAAAACAAGUUCCAUGUUAAAUUUGCAGGUGAGUUAAAAUAUCAUGUUGUUUGUGAGGAAGAGUUCAAGUAUGCCAUGCUGGCUCUCAAUUGUGUGUGCCCUGCCACUUCCACCUUGGUCACGCUCCUUGUACACACCUCACGUGGACGAGAAGGACAACAGUCUCCAGAGCAGUGGCAGAGGAUGUAUGGAUGUUGCUCUGGCAACGAGGUCUACCACAUCCGACUCUGUGACAGCAAGUUCUUUGGAGAGUAUAAUGGCAAAAGCUUCACAUAUGCCUCCUUUCAUGCUCACAAGAAGUAUGGUGUGUGUCUCAUCGGUAUAAAGAGAGAGGAUAACAAGAGCAUCCUGCUGAACCCUGGCCCACACCACAUCAUGGCUGCCACAGACACCUGCUACUACAUCAACAUCACCAAAGAAGAGAACUCAGCCUUUAUCUUUGGUCAGGAGGAGAGGAAGGGCCGUCCUGUCGGGGGAAUCUACGAUGGGCCUUCACAGCUUCCUGUGCACAGUAUUAUUGCUAGCAUGGGUACUGUAGCCAUGGAUCUUCAGAAUACAAGUCCACCUGACAUCCCAGGUGGUAAACUGCUCCCACCUACAGUUAAUGGAACAGGCGGUCGCCGGCCGAGCAUUGCUCCAGUUCAAGAGAUAGCUGACUCUACAUCAAUCCUGCCAUGUGACCUCCUCAGUGACCAAUCAGAGGACGACUCUGUCUUCACAGAUGAAAAAGGCCACUCAUCUACUGAGUAUGUGAAAGGUUAUCCUCCUAACUCUCCGUACAUUGGGAGCUCGCCCACCUUGUGCCAUCUGUUGGCUGAAAAAGCGCCGUUUUGCUGCCUACGACUAGACCAGGGGUGCAAGCACAAUAGUUUUGAGGAUGCAAAGGCUUAUGGCUUUAAAAACAAGCUCAUCAUUGUGUCAGCUGAGACUGCAGGGAAUGGUCUCUAUAACUUCAUAGUGCCUCUCAGAGCUUAUUACAGACCCAGGAAAGAGCUCAACCCUAUUGUAUUGCUGCUUGAUAACCCACCUGAUAACCACUUCCUGGAGGCUAUAUGCUGCUUCCCAAUGGUGUACUACAUGGCUGGGACCAUAGACAAUCUGGACAAUCUGCUCCAGUGUGGUAUUAUCUAUGCUGAUAACUUGGUUGUCGUGGAUAAAGAGAGUACCAUGAGUGCCGAGGAGGACUACAUGGCUGAUGCUAAAACUAUUGUCAAUGUACAGACGAUGUUCAGGUUGUUUCCGAGCCUCAGUAUCAUCACAGAGCUUACUCAUCCAUCUAACAUGAGGUUCAUGCAGUUCAGAGCAAAGGACUGUUAUUCACUAGCUCUCUCCAAGCUGGAGAAGAAAGAGCGUGACAAAGGCUCCAACUUGGCCUUCAUGUUCCGCCUACCCUUCGCUGCAGGCAGAGUGUUCAGUAUCAGCAUGUUGGACACCCUCCUCUAUCAGUCUUUCGUAAAGGACUACAUGAUUCUUAUUGCAAGGCUGCUGCUGGGACUGGACACCACUCCAGGAUCCGGAUACCUAUGUGCAAUGAAAGUAACGGAAGAAGAUCUGUGGAUUGGUACUUAUGGGAGAUUGUUCCAGAAGCUCUGCUCUUCUAGUGCUGAAAUUCCUAUUGGGAUCUAUCGCACAGAGUCCCACAUUUUCUCUACUUCUGAGUCCCAAGUGUCGGUCAGUGUUGAUGAGUGUGAAGACACGAAGGAGAGGGGAGACGAGUCUCGGAGCGACCAGUCAGAUUAUCCCCUUCGGAGGAAGAAGAGCAUGCAGUGGGCAAGGCGUCUGAGUAGGAAAAGCGUGAGGUGGCAAGGGGUGACCCGGGACUCAAGCAAAGACCAUGCCCAACGCAUUGCUCAGCAGCGCCUUAAUCUCUACAGGCGCUCUGAGAGGGAAGAGCUGUCCGAGCUGGUUCGCAACCGCAUGAGGCACCUGGGUCUCCCCACUUCUGGAUAUGAAGAUCUGACAAAUCUGACAGCCAGUGAUGUCAUGAACAGAGUCAAUCUGGGAUACCUACAAGAUGAGCAGAAUGAUCACCAGAACACUCUGUCAUAUGUCCUCAUCAACCCCUCUCCUGACACCCGGCUGGAGCUUAAUGACAUUGUGUAUUUGAUUCGUUCAGACCCUCUGGCUCAUGUCCCCGAGGAACCCCCUGUUCACAGCAGCAGCUUGAAAAAGAAACGGGAUUUCAGCAUAGACACCAAAGAGGACACCCAGCUUUGAUACCACAUUGGCCUUUGCUGCUAAUUCCUCUCCAUAAACCCCCUCUCUCAGCUUUUAUGAGGAUCUGAUCACAUCCAUGCAGGAUCAAUGAAAAAGGACGGUUUGGGCUGAAAUGUUCCCACGAUGAAGUCUACAAAUGUAUUAUAUUAGUGCCUACAGCGUGUUCGAUGGCAUAUAAUGUCAUCUAUGACAUUUUUACCCUCUUGUCACAAACACUGGACAAGAAUAGUGCAUUAAUUUAUUUUAGCUCUUUAAAAUGGGCUGUCAGGGAAAGUUUGCUAAAAAUUUUUUGCUUACUUAAUUGAUUUAGUGCAAUUACAGCUGGAGUGUUUCAUUUAGUUAGAGUUAAUCUGAUGUGCCAAACAAAAUAUUUAUGAUCUCUGGAAUCAGCCUCCUAAGGGUAAGGUUAAAUAUCAGUAUCAUAUAUUUUGGAACUUCUCUAAUCAGUUGUUUUAAAUCACAUCUAAAUUUCCAUAGUUCACACUCUUGCCUUUUCAUUAUCAGUUACAUAAAAUCUAACAUAACUUUAAGCACAAAGUGACUUGAAUGAAACACGUGCAUUAAUAUUUUAAAAGAUUUUUUGUAGCUAAACCUUAGAGGUAAUUUGUUAGUGGUGUUGAUGUCUAAAUUAGUCAGUCAUGUAUAAAUGCUGGUAGUUAUUUAUGUGUUUGUUGUAUUUUAUCUCUGGUUUUAGAUUUUAGCACCACAAAAAGUGAGUUAACCUCUUUUAACAGACUCUGCUUAAUAUUCAGUAUAUAACCAUGAAGAAAGUGCUAUUUUACUCCCAUCACUGCUCAGUUAAAAGUUGGCUUAUUUAUCUACACUUGUGGUUGUUUGAGUGUCUGUAUUUCUAGGAUUUUUUUUCAUUUGUACAUACAGUAUUUUAAUGUUGAAUAUAUUUGUAAUCUAGUUUUUUUGUGCACAUUAAAAGUGCUAUUAAAUACAUUGAAACUG